UUCUUCUCGAACUGACAAGUCUGGUGAAAACAAAUGAAAAACGUAUGGAGAAACCUGUUAAAAUCUGGUUUCACGCGCAAUGUUCAGAGAAAAAACACGCACGCUGGUGAUAGACGAGACAGAGUAUGGGCGGCCUCUCAUCAACGGCACGCAGAAAACGAGGAUGCGGUUGCCAGGGGCAACUCCCCGGUGCUAAAGGUCAAAUUCAUCGGCCAGAACCGAAAUAUUGUGCGGUCUAAUGAACGAGGGGGAAAUUGAGUCGAGAGAGUCAGCAGGCUGAGAAUGGGUUCGUCUCCCGACGAGGAAAGGACGCUUUCAGAGACGUUUGCGAACCUACUGAUUCAAAUUGCAGGAGUGGGUGGCCGGCACUGGACAAUGACGGAUGGCAACCGCACAGUGCAGUCAUCAUCGACUCGCUAGCGGCUGGCAGUCAGCGAAUUUGCCCGGCCGAUUUUUGGAAACAGUGGCCGGUAAUUCUUGCAUACUGGUGCCUAAAUACCAAAGUGCGUUCAGUAAGCCCGAGCAUAAUGUCAUAACGCCAUCAUUGCGUUCCCUGUAAGUGCUUACUUGUUCCAUUUGGGAUUUCCACAUACGGACAUCUCUUCAGACUGGUCAGUUAUACGGUCACUGUCUUUAUCCAGAUAUACCAUUGUCCAACUACGCAGGAGGGUAUGUAACAAGCUUCGUUACCAGCAACGUGUAUCGUGUGGGCAUGACGAUCACAACAACCAAAAUGGGCAGGAAACUACGGUGCCAUGUCGUCAUCGUGACGUCAGCGUGGGGGUGAAGAAAGCACGCGCAGUCUGAACGAAGCGCUGUGAACAGUAUGAUCAUCGACCACGUGACGAGUACACGGCGAAUACAGUUGAAGCUCGACGGUGGAGCGGACGUCAUUACAGAGCACUGGCUGGCGGUGUUGGGGAGGGCAGGCAUUGCUUAGAGCAUUGGCGGGACAACGGCGCACCGGUUCCACCUGGCGAAAUUCACUGGAGCAGACAAUUGCCCCCCCCCUCCGUCCCUCCUGCCAUUUUCGCCGAACUGUUAUAAUUUCGAGACUCACCAUGAUCGGACUGAAGUGCAUGGGUCUUUCUUUUCUGUUCCGUGCACAGUUUCCCCGCUGUCUCGGAUAUGUUUGAAAUGGAGCAACGGAGAAAUAGUGCGUGCUUGCCUUGUUUGCGGAGCUAGAUUAGAUAACGGUGGAGGUGAACGAUAUCGGACUCGCACGUGGGUAAGAGCAAAGAUGAAUCCGACCUACAUGGUAUCCACGUGGACAGGGACUUUUGUGAUAUCGGUCGUACUUUCGUACGAGGAGUGAUUUCUGUCAUCAGAUUCAUCUUGUAAAACAAAUUGUCACACGAUUGCUAGACUGUAUACUUAUUGAAAUCGCGAUUGUCCACGCGAAAUUACUUGCUCUUACCACUUCAAUUAGGAGGACUAGGCGGUAACGUGUGGAAGCGUGUUAUGCAACCUUCCCAACUUUAAUCAACUGUAAGUACCUAUCCACAGCUGUAGGAACCUUGGGAAGAGAAAUCUGUGAGUCUUUCUGUGGCCGGCGUCAAUUGGCUGACUUCGGACUACACUGUGUGGCUGAGUAAAUCGAGCUGAUAGUGCCUCGCUUUUCAAUCGUUAAUCUGUGUCAUAUGCACCUGCUCUUCGCGCUGUAAUUGUCAGUAUUUACACAAUAGGGAAAUCUCCAUGAUCACCACCAAGGUAGCACUUGGUAGCGAGCUACCAUCUUUAGGUUGCUAUGGACCGCGUGCCUCGCUGUGAGUCAGUCCAUGGACCACACUGGACAACGGGGCACCAGUGGUAGGUGGGGAGCAACUGACUUUUUUCCGUUCCGGGUAGUAAAUCAACCAGCUCAUGAAGAACUUUUCAAUAUCCGUCGUGCCUGCAGCGCCGGCCGCCAAAAUGACUUCGAAGCCCGAACGCGUGCUGGGCGAGACGGCGCUGAUUCAAACCGACGGCAACGCCUUGUUGAAAGCAGCCUGGUUGGGCAGACUGCGCCUAAUGCGACUCCUGAUCGAGGGCGGCACGGACGUCAACAAGACCAACGACGAGGGCCACACGGCCCUGAUGGUGGCCUGCCUGAGCAACUACAAAGACACGCAGAGCAGCGCCAAGGCCAAGAUUGUUAAGUUCCUUCUCGAGAACAAAUCGAACCCCAAUGCCCAGGACAGGCACGGGAGGACUGCCUUGAUGUACGCCUGCUUAGAGCGUGCGGGGACCGAGGUGGUCUCUGCCCUGCUGAAAGGCGAUUCCGACGUCCGGAUUGUGGAUAAAAAAGGUUCCUCGGCCCUAGUUUAUGCCGUCAAUGCGGGGGAACCCGGUGUUCUACGGUUACUGGUCGAUGCUUGCAAAGCUCAGGGGAAAGAGGUUAUCAUUAUCACCACCAAUAAGAGCCUUCCGUCCAGCGAACCAGAGACCAAGCAGUAUCUCGACGUCCCCCCAACCUUACCGCAGAGCCCACCGUUUUUUCAGUGUAUAACUCCAUCAGACAUUUCCUAUGGGCGAACGGCGACGAAACCCGUAUUGAUGGAAGUCAGGGAUGGUCAGAAUGCCCCCGCCCCUGACAAGGUCCCAAUUGCGCUGCGUGUUCCCAGCCUGGAACGCGCGGCCUCCCUUGAGGGUUCUGAUGCCGAGGAAGGCGUAUCUUCCCGAACACAAUCGCCCCGACACCUAACCCCAAAGGAGCCACCUGCAAGCCAGGCCUCCACGCCUGUCGUGUACAAUCACCGCCAGUUUCGAAGGGUGGACUCUGCCUCCCCGACCGAUGAUAGACCGGCCUUCUCCCCCAGACACGAGCGAUUCGUGUCCAGGGGCAGUUCACCAUCGCUGUCGUCCAUCAAGAGUCUCGGGGACCUUCAUCUCCAGUUCCAGGACCUCCGAGAUCAAACACCCAGUCCACCGCACCAACAGCAGCCGCGGAGACCGCUGCUUCGCCGGCAGAGCGCUGAGGCCUUCACUCCCACUACCCUGCAAGGCCUGAAAUCUGCAGAGUUCGUUCAUCCUCUGACAGCAAAGCAGCAGCUCGCGGCAACCAAUUCAAAUCCUCUGGAGGAGCGCACUGAGAUACCUCCCAACAUCUUGCCUAUGUCUGCAAUUCUUGCAAACCGACGUCGCUCACUCCCCGGCAUGCCACCGCCACUCCGAAAGAGCCAAACUGUCCACUCGAUCACACUCCCGUCGGAGCCGUCCAACCAGCCGCAACCCCCGUCGCUCCCAGCCACCAGCUGCCCAACCAAAGUGCAUGGUAGCCAGUGUAACUUGCUGGAGGAGCACACCGAGGACGAGACCGCGUUAUUGGGAGAGGGGGAGUGUUCAAACGGCGCGGAAGGUCUGGAAGGCAGCAGCCUGCCGCGGGAGGGUGCCAGAACUCCCCCCGACGGACGGGCCAGUCUAAUUGCGAUACAUCGCCGGCAGUGCUUUGCGCAGAGGAGAGGCUCAGCGCCGUUCGUCCUAGACGACGAGCUGGCCCACACCAGACCCGGGAGGCUGCCUCCUCUCAAGGUCAACCCCAGCGUGCCCCUUCCAGACAUUGGGUGCAUUCGGGAUCCAGCCAUCCGUUCAGGACCGUCCAGUCCUUGUAGGAGCCUUAGACUGGACCGGAGGCACUCCAUCCAGCCGGAGGAUCUGCGCUCCCUGACAGCCUUUGCGUCCAGGAACAGAGGCAAUCUUCGAAAUAACAGGAGCCACAGCUCAGAGUCUGCCGAAAGUAACUGACGGAUGCCGGGUGGUGAAAACUGGCAACAAAUGUGACCCUGAAGUCUUUUUUAAUGUCGAGAUCUGCGAGAAUUCUGCCAAGUUGAAAAUGUAAAUCUUGAUAAUAUAGCCUUUAAAUCUACUAUUCCUACAAAAGAGCUACUUAAAAAUGCAAGCUCUAUCAACUCAUUUUUGUCGAUGUAUAGGGUGCUCAAAAUGAACUAGAUGUAGUUCCUGAAAGAAUUUGGCCUCGGUCUUCCCGAGGUAUAGAAACUGAAUUUUUUUUGUGAAAACUUUCUCGCAGAUCGUAUCAUCAGUAGACGAAAACCUGCUGAAAGUACAUUAUGGUUACGCACAGUGUGGCAUCUCACGUUUCAUCAUAUGUCCUUUUCCAAAGUAGGCGAAAAUUUAGGAAAAGAAAAAUAGGUUGAACAGCUUGAACAGUCAUUGUGUAGGACAAAGAUUGUGGUACGUUUACAGUGCAACAGCGGCGGAAUGCUUCCAAGAGUGGAAGAGAGUAUUUUUAAAGAGACUGAAACGUUCUAGCCAGGAUAAUUUCGAAAGAGGAAGAUGGGUCUCCUUAUCCGAAAUGCUGUUGUUGCUGAGUUGCCAUGCAAUCGUUUUUCCCGCUCUUUUUAUCUCUCAGUCUCUCGGCUCCCACAGUUCCGCCACCAUUUACGUCGCACGAGGGCGCAGUAACUCUAUCAACUCCGGAGCACUGAAAAAAAUUGCAGCCUUACUUCGGCUCAGCUGAACUCGGUCCACUCGUAGGAAGUUGGCGUUUCGGUGGUAUCUCAUACCCACGUGCUCUGCGGAUGUAGCAUACGUAGUAAACUGUCAAUUGAAAUAUUAUCCUCUGAAUUUUUCAUUUGUUUAUUACUGCGCGAAUAAAGAAAAGGCUGGUCCCUCAAAAUCGUCCCAGUAAGAAUUCUUUGCCAUCUGUACGAACUGCGGCUCAGAAGCUUAGCUUAAAGUUGUCAAAUAUAAAAUGUCAGGACAUAUAUGACAAUUUUUCUGUUCUAUGGUUCGAUGUUACCUACACCGUGUGCAGUAUUUUUCCCCCACUCUAUUUUCAAUAUAUUCAAAAUGUCUUGAGAAACAAAGUACCAACUACCCGUAAUAACCCCCCCCAAAAAACCCCCAACGACACCACAAUUGUUGACGUUAUAUUUGUGCAAAUGUCGUACUAUUGUUUAAUGUCAUUCAUGUACGAUAAAGUAAUAGUCACUGCGUUAACUUUUAAAGGUGCUUACUAUUAUAUUUGUGUCCGAAUCAUCUUUUUAAGGAAGUGUUUAACUUUCUCAUUGUUCCAGCUUCUGUUUCACAGCAGCCACAUUCAACAUUGCAGUGAGGGGUUCAUUUUCCGUUGCACUUUGACAAGUCUUUGAUUCUAUAAGCCUUUGACUUCAAAAGGUUUACAGAGCUCUUGAUUCCAAUAGGUGAACGAUUUGUCACCAACAGUAAAUUCAGUGAUAGGAAAAUAAACAUAUAAGCGGUGUAGGCUGUCUGGCACGCUGGUUUCAUUACCCUUAAUCAGUAAAAGAUUGCUUCAUUUUCUUGUACCAAAACUGACGUUUCAAUAGCUAUGGCCCUUCAACCUAUAGCAAGUAAAUGUCUGAAGACAGAGCCACAGUGGCGAAUUAACUGAUCCGGAUUUCGGAUUAUUCUCUAGGAUAGCCUAUGUGGCCUACAUAGAUUAUAAAUAAUUUCCGAAGAUUUGAGAAGGAAUGUGCAUAUUUCAGCACUGACCUCCUAUGAAAGUCAGAGAGGAGUGUUUUAAGGUUUAAUCACCAACUAAACAAACAAAUAUCAAGCAAACAUGGCAGAUGGAGGGUUUGAAGUACGGUCAAUCUGGUCAUAACAAAUCUGUUGGAGCAAAUCGGCUAACGCAAGGUGUCAGGCACAGGGUUCCCAUACCCUCUAAGCCCACGGCGAGCCGCUUUUAUCAAGGAAUUAGUGUGUAAGGUGUUUGUUGGCACCUUCUGUGGCCACUGGGCAUCCUAGCCCAUGCAGCAUACGGAUAAUUCACAAUACUGCGACCCCAAGAGUUUGUAACGAUUUGAUCAAUCACAAUGCGCGAAAUCUGUCGAUCUAAUGCGCGUUUGGAAAGGGUC